AUGGCGCCGCACAAGCUUCCGGAGCAGGAUGGCAAGCGGCAAUGGGCGAUGGGCACCGAGGCCUUUGAGCGCAAGAUGCCCCAUCACCAGGGAAUCAAGGCUCUCUGGGAGACCAAGUGGAAAUUUCCGUGCACCAAGAGUGUGUACCCCUUCCACGACGGCCAGUACGAGGAUUUCGAGCCCAUUUUCGAACACCUGAUCAAGAACAACAUCAACGAUGGGACCUCGACCGCGUACACCGAAGCCUUCUUCCCCAUCGCCGAGGCCCUGACUGCGAAGGGCGACAAGCAAAUGUCGUCCGGAAACAAGGAAGAGGCCAGCGCCCUGUACCUCCGCGCAUGCACCGUGUACCGCAUCGCUCGAUUCCCCUACAUCACGGCGUAUCCCGAGGUCAGUUGCCCAGUCAAGUGGAAGGCGUGGGAGGCACAGAAGGAGGUGUACCUGAAGGCGGCGCAGUCGUGGGACUGCCCCAUCAACGACAUGGCUAUUCCGCACAAGCACGCCAAGGGCGGCGACCGCAAGUCGAUCCCGGCCUAUGUCAGGGUGCCCCACGGAGCGUCCAAGAGCAACCCCAGCCCGGUGGUGCUCCUGAUGACCGGCCUUGACGGAUACCGUCCCGACAACACGGUCCGUUCUGACGAGUUCCUGGCCCGCGGAUGGGGCAGCGUCAUCGUCGAGAUCCCCGGAACCGCCGACUGUCCCGCCGACUCGGCCGACCCGGAGAGCCCCGAUCGUCUGUGGAGCAGCGUCCUCGACUGGAUGGCCGCCGACGGCCGGUUCAACAUGGACCGCGUCAUGGUCUGGGGUCUCAGCUCCGGAGGUUACUACGCCAUUCGCAUUGCGCACACCCACAAGGACCGUUUGAUCGGUUCCAUCGCGCAGGGAGCCGGAUGCCAUUACUUCUUCGACCAAGAGUGGCUGGAGAAGGCCGACGGCCACGAGUACCCGUUCCUUUUGACCCCGGCAAUGGCGAUGAAGCACGGCUACAAGUCGGUUGAUGAAUACAAGGCAGGUGUCCAGAAGAAGUUCUCCUUGCUCGAGACUGGCAUCAUCGAGAAGCCGUCCACCCGCUUGCUAUUGAUCAACGGCACCCUGGAUGGACUGAUGCCCAUUGAGGAUUCGAUGAUGUUGUUCGAGUAUGGUACGCCUAAAGAGGGCAGGUUCUUCUCGGGAGCAUUGCACAUGGGCUAUCCCAUGGCGAACGCGUCCGUCUAUCCGUGGAUGGAGAGCGUCAUGGCUAGCAAGGCUUGA